GACCCUUUCGCAGAUGCGGACACUGGCGACGCCGAUAACAAGCAGUCGCAGAACUACAUCCACAUCCGGAUCCAGCAACGCAAUGGUCGCAAGACAUUGACGACGGUGCAAGGCCUCCCCAAGAAGUUCGACCAGAAGAAGAUCCUCAAGGUGAUCAAGAAGAAGUUUGCGUGCAAUGGCACCAUCGUCAACGACUCGGAGAUGGGCGAGGUGAUUCAGCUGCAGGGCGACCAGCGCAAGGACGUGCAGGAGUUCUUGACGGACAAGAAGGAGGGCUUGGAGCUGGAUGCCAAGACUAUCAAGGUGCAUGGCUUCUAG